AAUACGGCGUCCGCCUCUUCACCCCCAAUAUCGCCCGGCCUGACGCACGCGUGCUGACGGGGGAGGGGAGAGGGGAAAGCUGCUUCCGCACACCGCUCGAGGUCCGGGCACCGGGGAGGAGAUGCCCGGCCAAGGUCCGGUGUCCGACUGGACAGAAUGCAGCUCUUCCGCAGAGCCUCCCGCAGUGGCCGGGACCGAGGGUGGCGGCGGCGGAUCAGCUGGACAUUCUUAUUAUCAGAAUUCCAAAGGUAUUGACAGAAUCAAAGAUGGACACAAAGUGAACACACACAUAGCCAAGCUGCAAGAGUUGUGGAAAACUCCUCAAAUUCAAGCAAUUCACAUCCCUAAAUCAAUGACAGAUGCGUCCUUUCUAAAGCAUCCAGACCUCACCACAGGCCAGAAGCGUUAUCUGUGUAGCAUCGCUAAGAUCUAUAACGCCAACUAUCUGCGGACGUUGAUGAAGAGGCAGUACAUGCACGUGAUCCAGCACAGCUCACAAAAGCCAGGUAUCCUCACUCAUCACAGGAGCCGCCUUGGUUCUCGUUACUCACAGAAGCAGCAUUACCCCUGCACCACAUGGCGACACCAACUGGAGAGAGUGGACUCAGGCACCCUUGACAUGGCCGCUGUACCCGCACCGGAAAUGAUCCUACAGCAUUCCCUUUGGCGACCAGUGAGAAACAAAGAAGGUUUAAAAACUGGAUAUGCAUCUAAAACAAGAUGUAAGUCACUGAAGAUUUUUAGAAAACCAGGCAAACUGUUCAUGCAAUCAGGAAGCAAGCCAACCAAGUGGUAUCAAAAUUUUGCAGAGCAACUCAGAUUAAGUCCAGAGUUGUUUCUACAAAUGAUUCUGAAUCAUACAUGAAUGAAGAAAAAAAGGAAGAAGAUUUGCUAAAUAAAUGUAUGCAAUCGAUGUCAAUUGAAGAACAAGGAGAACACCUGCUGUGAACUUGAGUCUUGUGAAUUGAUGAGGUGCCAAAGGGGGGGAGGGUUGUGAAUUGUGUCCUCUUUCUACAUUUAGGAUAGUAUUGUUACUCACCGUGAAGUCAUUAAGUAAUUUUAGUUUGUUCAGAAAUGUUUACAACAGUGUAAUUAACUGGUUGAUGUAGUUCCAUGUACUAAUGAUAUUUGUGUAACAAAAGUUAUGUGUAAGAUAUGCUUGUAUUUCUAGCUAGAUACAAUUAAAAAUUUUCUUGUCGCUUAAAACUGUAUUAUUUUUCUUUAAAUCUGUCCAAUA